AUGUUAAACAUGAUAAAUGAAAAGUAUGUUUUUUAUCUUUUAACUUGUUUAUUUUUUUUUAUUCGAAGGCUCUACUUCUUCCUUCAUUUUUGGUUUUUGUUUGUUGGUAUUGUAACACUCGUUAACUUUUUCUACUAUUUUGCUAUGCUCAUGAUACCAAGGAUGCGUACAAAUUUUAUCCGACAAAAUAUUAACAAGCAUCAACAGAAGCUACGUGGUUUUGGUCGUCGUGAACUCCACCGAUUUGUCCAGUGUCGUUUACGCCCGGACGGAGUUCUUCUAUUUCAUUUUAUACGGCAACAUGUUGGUGGUCGCUUUACUUACGAAUUGCUUAAUGAGUUGCUGCGUCUACAUUGGUUGGCACAGACUAGUGGGGCAACACAUCAUGGUAGACUUGGCAAUAUUAAUAUGGUUAAAGGAAGUUCUAACACUGCAACAACAGCACAUUUUAUGGGUAAUGGUUCAGAUGGAGUCGAAAGCACCACUAACUCACCAGGUCGUGGAGAUAUUCUGACUAUUGGACAUCAAGAUGAAAACAGUUUUUCUCGCCAAAACACUUAUAAACCUACCGCUUAUGGGCAUUCACUUGGAUAUGCAAACAUGUCUAUGGGAAUCAAUAAGUCAUUAUCUGAUGUACCAGUUGCGCUACAUGAAACACAAAAUUUUCCCAUAAUGCAUCAGAAUGCCUUUAAUUCUGCCUCUCUUCUGCGCACUAUCAGUGGGACAGCUUCUCCAACCAAUGCUUUUGGACAACCAAAACUGGCAGAAAAUCAGUAUAGUGCACCACCAACUUUACAAUUCGUUGAUGGAGGUGAUGAGAAAAAUCGAUCGAAGCAACAUAAUCAGUCUAUGAAUACAACUCCAUUAAUGCAACCUCGACGUUCAAAAUCUCCAUUGGUGACUGGUCUUGGCAAGCGUCUUUUGCAAUCUCCACAGGGGCUGAACAAUAUGGAUUCUCAAACAAACAAAGAAGAUGUUUCAUCGAAUGAUGAAAAUAACACCAAUACCAAUUCUGAUGUUUGAUUAAAAAUAGUACAAUUUUUGA